AUGAAGAGCUCAAAUGGUGUAUAUUCCAAACAGGAAAACAGUAGUAAUAGUAGUAGUAAUAGUGGCGCAACAGUCUACCCGAUAGUACUUGCAAAGACGACCAAGAGAUGGAAUAUAGCAAAGUUCACAUCAAAAGUGGACAUAUCAUCAUUCAGCAAACCGGUGAGGAUGUUCAAACAUAAGCCAGAUCUGUCAGAGAAUGCCAACAACAACAACGAUGAUAUAAAGACCAACUCUCCAAUGAACACCACCACCACAACUACAACAUCAACUACAUCUACCACUAGUACGACAUCAACUACAUCGACGGCUGCAGGAGCGGCUGGUGCCACUGCACCAAAGAAGAAGAAGUACGAGCCAAGACCUGUCAACCCCAAGACUAUACCAUGGAGGUUGGAGGAUCAGGAGGGUCUACAUCAGUUCCAAGGUAUGAUCGAGGGCAACCAAGCAUCAUGCUACUUCAUCUUCCUGUUUCAGAGUGAUGGCUCCAUCAAGGCUGUACCCUUGGCCGAUUGGUACACCUUCAGAAUGAGGAAGGACGUCGAGACACUAACAAUUGAGGAGGCUGAAGCAUUUAUGAGCAAGAAGUUUAAGGAUAGAGAUGAUUGGGCACCAAAGACUGCAGCAGCAUCUAGAAAGACGGAGGGUGCUGAUGUUAAAGUUAAAGCAGAGGAUGGAGAUGAUAAGGAGGAUAGUGAAUUCCGUAAAGAGAUGUAUGAGGAUAAGGACAAGUUCAAGGCAGUAUUCGGUGGCAACAGGAAAAGGAGAGGUGGCGAUGAUGAUGAGGAGGGUGGUGGUGGCGGCGGUGAUGAUGAUGCUGCCGACUUUGACACCAAGUUUGACGAUGACGAUGAAGCCUAUGAGGAGAACGACAUCAACACGGAGGAGGGUCCUCAGAUCGAGGCCGAGGACGAGGAGAAUGAGAACCUCACCGAGACUGGACGCGAGAUGAAGAACUUGAUCAAGAACAUGGACAAACAGGACAGCAGCGACGAAGAGGAGGUGGCUGAGGAUGAAAAGGAGUCCAGUGGCGAAGAGGACGAGGAUGAGGACCCUGACGAGGACGACUUCUCGCUCACAAAGGCCAAUCUCGCAUUUGGAUACCCCAAGAACAACAUGGACACGUUGAGCGUCAAAGAGGAGCCAAAGUCUCCACUGACGAAUCCUCCCUCGCCAGCACAAGGCACUGCCAAGUCAAAGAGCACAACAGCUGCCGCAGCGGCCACCACCCCCGCCAACAAGAAGAAGGGCAACACCAAGAUCGGCUCGCCACCCGACCAGUCGGCGACAGCACCAGCAAAGCGUGGAACCAAGAACAAGGCUCCAGAGCCCCCACAACCAACCAACAGCGAUCCCAAAAAGAAGGCAAGGACCGAGUUGACACCACAGACAUCGCCACCCACAUCACCGCCACAACAGCACUCCCCACAGCAGCCAGCGGACGGCGGCGAUGAGUAUCCACUGAGCGAGGAGUCCAUCAAGACCAUUCUUAACCAAGUGAAGAAGAUCAAAUCCAAGGACCUGGUGCUGAUGUUCCGCAGUCAACUCAAGACCAACGAGCAAAAGGAAAACUUCAAGAAGUACAUUAGCAAGCUGGCCACUGUCGUCACGUCUGAAGGUGAUGUUAGGUACCUUGUGCCAAAGUAA